UAUGGACUGCGCAAAAAAACCAAAAAAAAAAACAUGAACACGGAUGAAAAAACACAACAUACAUAUUUUAUUCGUUUGGGGUUGUGAAUAUAUGAAGGUCGUUUUGGAAGUUGCUGCAGUAUAAAACCGCUUACGUUCGCUGUCCUUCGCCCAAUUAUCAUCGUUUGUAUUAGCUCGCUACGAGCUAGUAAGCGACAUCAUUGUCCGACGCCACGGCCCGUCCACUCGUGCCUGACUCCACACCGUCGACAGGCGUCGCCAUGAACCGCUCGUUUUCUCCAAACCUGGUCCGACCCAACCUGCCGUUGAGGAAACCGUCGUCGAGCCCCGUGGCCGUUUCCUCGGCGUCGACUCCCCCGAGACCCUUCAGCGGGCCCGGCGUGACGGCUCCCGGCGCCACGGGAGACGGUGAACCACCGCCCUCCUUGGCACAAAGGACCGUCGGCGACAAUGACCUGACCCCUAACCUGGCAGGUCCUGUACAGUCACGAGUCAGCAGGGAUAUCGCCGCAGUGUUGGGAUCCGAGCCACCAGCACUGACGGUCUACAUCUGCAACUUUUGCGGUCAACAAGGAAAUUUUCGGUGCAAGCGCUGCAAGAAGACGCCGUACUGCUCCGUGACGUGCCAGACAGAAGACUGGAAGGUGCACAGACACACGUGCAGGUCCAUUGAUCAAGAACCUGCAAAAGAAAAACCAAAGGAAGUCACAGCAUCGCCUGUGGCAGGAGAGCGAACUGGCCAGUUGGAGAUGAAGCCUGCUGAUGCAUCCACCCUCCCGAGGGUGUAUUUGAAAGACUUGAAUAUGACUAAAAUUGCUACGGGGACAGACUUCCAGGUAUCUGUUGUAGAGUUCUACAGCCCGGGCAGGUUUUACCUCCAUGCCCAAAGCCCCGAGCUGCAGGAAGCUCUGCAGGUCAUCAGCACGGAGCUUCAGAAAACUUACAACUGCGCCUCAGUAACAACAUAUGUCCCCUGUGUUGGGGAGGUGUGCGGAGUGCAGUUCUCCUGCGAUCGGAACUGGUACCGAGGCCUGGUCCAGACUUUGUCUGCCGACCAGAAAACGACUAAAAUCCUUUACAUUGACUUUGGCAAUGAAGAGGACGUCCCUGUGGAAAGGAUCAGACCUCUGACUGCCAAUAUCCAGCCUUUUUCUCCUUGCGCAAUGGAGUGCCGUAUCGCUGGGGUGGUGCCAUCGGCUGGCAACUGGUCAGGCCAGUGCAGUAUUGCGGUGAGACAGCUGCUGGGGGGCAAGGCUGUGACUGCCAAGCUUGUGGAAACACUAGAGAGCGGCCACGUCCACGCUGUGGACAUUCUGCUUUCUAUGGGAAAGAAAUUGAGUGUAAUCCUCCUUGAACAUGGUUUUGCAGAGGAACAGGUCAAUGCAACACCGACUCGGCAAGAUAUAAUAUCUGUUUGGUCUUCAGACUCCAUGACGAGUGCGUCCUUGGAAAACUUCAAGCGUCGCUCCAGUGGCAAGGAUGACAACGCCUGGGCUCAGCCUCCCGAGCCUCUGACACAGGCAGUGGGCGAGUCCUUUCCUGUCGUGAUCACUCACUUUCAAUCACCCAGUGACAUAAUUGUACAGAAGGUAGAACAUGCAGGAGUGAUUCAGGAGUUGCAGUUCAGCCUGAGGGAACACUGCUGUCAAGUCCCAGCCCCCCAGAACUUCAGACCAGCACCCGGCACCGUUUGCUGUGCCCAGUUCUCAGAGGACAAGCAGUGGUACAGGUCCAAAGUUCUGGCCUAUCCAUCUGAAGAACGCGUCUGCGUUGGCUAUCUUGAUUUUGGCAACUCCGAGGAGGUAGAUUUGGUUAAUCUACGGGCGAUUAGCACUUCCCUACUGGCCCUGCCAAUGCAGGCGAUGCCUUGUGGUCUAGCAGGGGUCCAGCCUGUUGGGGAGAGAUGGUCCGAGGACUGCCUGUUGGCCCUGCAGCGAAGACUAUCGAACAGAAUACUGCGCAUUGAGAUCCAGGGGAAAGAUCCUUUAGCUGGCAAGGCUCUGGUGGCCAUGAUUGAUGAGGCCAGCGACCCUCAGGCCAAUGUAGCCGAGCUACUGAUCUCUGCUGGUUAUGCUGCACCCGCUCCUGUUACUACCGCCAGUGACCAGCAGGUUGACCAGACAACUAUUGCUUCUGCUGAACCACAUGUGUCUCUCCCAGCCCGUGAGCCUUUGGUGUGGUCUUUCACCAAGAUUCCCUGUGACGGCCAGACAGUGGUGCUGCUGCCCAGUGUUGUGGAUAACCCUGGAGAGUUCUACUGCCGUGUUGAUAAUCUUGCAGACCAUCAGCGGCUGAUAGAGCUCGGGGUUGAAUUGAAGCAGCAUUGUGAGACGGAUAACUCCCCUUUUGAGCCCACUGUGGGGGAGCCUUGCUGUGCCAUGUUUCCUGGUGAUGGAGCAUGGUAUCGGGCUAUGGUGAAGGAGCUGUCUGAGAACCACGUGUCUGUCAAUAUUGUGGACUACGGUUACAGCAUGAAUAUAGAAAGGAACCACCUCAGAUCCAUUACACCUCGACUUCUGACUCUACCCUUCCAGGCAAUCCGCUGCUGGCUCUCAGGAGUGGAGCCCCUGGGUUCCGAGUGGAGCAGCGAAGCCCUGCUGUGGUUCCAGACUCGUGUGGACAGCGAGCUGCUCUCUGCACGUGUCCUUUCCGCCACUGAACGGGGCUACGGUGUGGAGCUGAAGAGCAGGGGGCAGAAUGUGGCAGAUGCCCUCAUUUCCGAGCAACUGGCUAAAGUUCCUGGCAAGACUCCCAAAGAGACGCACGCAAACACGGGCUCUGAAGCCAAAUACCAAAAGAGUGCAAAGGAUAAUGAGCACAGCCAAAUGCAUGCACAAGCCUCCAACCAGGCAGGGGCCAGUUCCAAACAGAAACCAACUGAAGGGCAGACUGCUGUGCCGUCUGAAGUACCAUCUUUCCCAGUGGACUGGAAAGCAGCGGAGUUGCCUCUUAACCAGACCUUUAAGCCGUACAUUGUGGCUGUCACAAGUCCUUCCCUCUUCUACCUGCCUAAUCCCAGCCAAAGAGACCAGCAGAAGCUUCAGCAGUUGAUGAUGGAGGUGGCUGCCUUCUGCACCAACAACCAGGCUUCCUUAUCAUCUGCUGUCCUGAGCAUACCAGCUCCCGGGGCUGCCUGCUGUGCCCAGUUCUCUGGCGACAAUAACUGGUACCGUGCUGUGAUCCUGGAAGUCGGUAAGAAUGAGAUGUGUGUGAUCUAUGCAGACUACGGCAACAUUGAAAAGGUGCCGUUCUCCCGGAUCUUGCCCAUCCCCAUGCACCUGCUGCAGCUUCCCUUUCAGAUCACCCGCUGCACCCUCACUGGUAAGGAGCACUUUCCCGUAGUGUGGCCAGAGGAAGUGCAGCAGAUGUUUCAAAACACCAUUUUGAAUGGCGUCCUGGCCACCGUCCAGUCCUUCGAUGGCUCUGCCAACGUGCUGUCACUCACCCUGCCCUCUGAGAUGGGCGGGGGGCACGUCACUGCCAUGUUAGUGGACGCGCUACUGGUCCAGAACAAGAGUGAUCCUCGCCCAGCCACCACCAGGACGGCUGACCAAGCUAACGGCAGCACACCUACCGCCAGCACUCCAGCCGAGCCCCACCGCCCCCCGCCCCGGUCAAUACUCGAAAGCCUGAACGGGCUGAACCACACAUCAGCUACCGCUGGUCAGAGCAUAACUUCAGAUCCAAAGCCCCAAACUCACCAACAGGAUAAAAACACUUCUGCAGAGUCAGUCAGUGACAGUCCUGUGCAAAAGAUUAUUGAGCAAAAGAAGCCGCCAGUCAAAGUGAACCCAGAAACGAAUGAUCGUCAGACGUCUGGCUGCUGCUGUGCGAGUCUGAAGACUAAGAUUGAUCAACUGGAACAGCUGAUGCAGCUGCAGCUUUCUCUCAUCAAGCUGUUGGUCGGACAGAGGAAAUAAGAUUUCACACAGGCGUAACUUCACAGUCCACAGUUUUGUUUUUUUUCACAAGUUUACUCUCCAGCUUUUAAUUUUAAUUCAGUGUCCUGUGUUUUUAAGAAAAUUUCCAGAUUUUAUGUUUUAAUAUUUUUGGAGGUUUUCUGAAACCUUGUGCAUGAAGCUGCUGCCAUCUGUUCCUUUGUUCUGUCCUAUUCCCUCGUUCAGGUGGGAUGUUCAGCCUGGUCGAUUUAUGUUUGACAUGUUUUGUCAUAAAAGUUCUGCGAUGGAUAAAAAGACUAAAUGGA